GGCCAAUUCAGGAAGCUGUCGCUGUCUUGACUAUCACUACAUCUUAACAGACACAACAGAAACGGGACUCAGUAAUAAAGCGGAGUAACCAAAUGUUUGGGGUUCCUCUUUGUUCCAUCGGGCUGCUACUUGUUGCCCUCAUUCACACCGCUGUAACCAAAAGCCAACUCGUGAUGGGGGGAGUAGGUCACUCAGUUAUCCUCCCGUGCGUCUCUCCUUUGGACGGAUCCUGCUCCGACAUACGAUGGUAUCAUCAUAGCACGCAAGGUGUUACAACCCUUGUCGCUGAUAUCCCAAGAAGAGAAGCAGCCAACAGUGGUAGAUUUAACAUUUUGUCCAAUUGUUCUUUACACAUCAACAACAUCACCGAAGUCGAUGUCGGAGGCUAUGGGUGCAGCAAAGAUGUGAAAGAGACGCAAUAUCUGUCUCUUAUCACUGAAUCGUCCCUACUGAGGUCUGACCUAUUGCCUGGAGCCAACGUUACCUUAAGCUGUCAUCUCAACACAUUCGAGGGGCCUGGUUGGUGUGAUACCCCUCUGUAUCAAGGUGUGUCUCUCAAGUGGCAGGAUGAUAACCGACCGGACUACAUCCUCGCCGAACAGAGGAUCAGCAGAUGUGAGGUCCGGCUGAAUGUCAUCAUUCAGCGUGGCAGCCGCUUCAGCUGCCUGGCUUUGGUCAACCGCCAGGUCCAGAACAGGGUGGAGUUCCCCAUCCCCAUCCGAGACGGGGACGCUGGCUGCUGCCAAGUGAUCGGCCGAGUCAUCGCCGUGGCAGUAGUGAGCUGUGCCAUGACGGUGGUGCUGGCUCUGAUCCUAGUGAAGAAGAAGAAGAGGAAGCCAAAUGACCAGCUUGCUGCAUGUCCAGAGUAUACUGGACUUUUAUACUGUAAUAAAUACUGAUGUGGCCGCCACUGCAGAGGAUGUCACCCAUGCUGACAUAACGGUUGCAGGCGAUGCGGACAGGAAGUGGGAGACAGAAAGUGAAGCCACCGAUGUUUGAUUGGCAUGACCUGGCAACCCAAAACGGCCUAUAACAGUUUACUCAUAAAAUAGCAUAGAUUAGCAAGAGGGCCAAAUUAGUACAUGUUAUCCUUUUUUAAAAAAUGCAUGUAAGAUGUGCUAUGGUCCAUGAUCAGUUCAUACCACUUUUCAUCUAAAAUAAUUUGUUUUAGGGUAUGGUUUUCCCACAACAGAUGGCUCACAGAAUCCAUGUACUUUCAACGUUCAAUUUUCUGUUCAAUUUCAAUAAAAUAAUGAAUUAAUAAUAA